AUGGUACACCUGUCCUACCGACAUCUGUCCUACCCACGCCUGUCCUACCGACAUUUGUCCUACCCACACCUGUCCUACCCACGCCUGUCCUACCCACACCUGUCCUACCCACGCCUGUCCUACCCAUGCCUGUCCUACACACACCUGUCCUACCCAUGCCUGUCCUACCCACGCCUGUCCUCCGCUCGCCUGUCCUACCCACGCCUGUCCUCCCCUCGCCUGUCCUACCCACGCCUGUCCUACCCACGCCUGUCCUACCCACGCCUGUCCUACCCACAUCUGUCCUACCCACGCCUGUCCUACCCACGCCUGUCCUACCCACGCCUGUCCUACCCACGCCUCUCCUACCCACGCCUGUCCUCCGCUCGCCUGUCCUGCCCACGCCUGUCCUACCCACGCCUCUCCUACCCACGCCUGUCCUCCGCUCGCCUGUCCUGCCCAGACCUGUCCUAUCUACACUUGUCCUACCUACACCUGUCCCACGCACGCCUGUCCUCCGCUCGCUUGUCCGACCCACGCCUGUCUUCCGCUCACCUGUCCUACGCACGCCUGUCCUACGCACGCCUCUCCUGCCCACGCCUGUCCUCCGCUCACCUGUCCUACGCACGCCUGUCCUACCCACGCCUCUCCUGCCCACGCCUGUCCUCCGCUCACCUGUCCUACCCACGCCUGUCCUCCGCUCACCUCUCCUGCCCACGCCUGUCCUCCGCUCACCUGUCCGACCCACGCCUCUCCUGCCCACGCCUCUCCUGCCCACGCCUCUCCUGCCCACGCCUGUCCUCCGCUCACCUGUCCUGCCCACGCCUCUCCUGCCCACGCCUCUCCUGCCCACGCCUGUCCUCCGCUCACCUGUCCUACCCACGCCUGUCCUACACACGCCUCUCCUGCCCACGCCUGUCCUACCCACGCCUGUCCUACCCACGCCUCUCCUGCCCACACCUGUCCUACCCACGCCUCUCCUGCCCACGCCUCUCCUGCCCACGCCUCUCCUACCCACGCCUCUCCUGCCCAUGCCUCUCCUGCCCACGCCUCUCCUGCCCACGCCUCUCCUGCCCACGCCUGUCCUGCCCACGCCUGUCCUACCCACGCCUCUCCUGCCCAUGCCUCUCCUGCCCACGCCUCUCCUGCCCACGCCUCUCCUGCCCACGCCUGUCCUACCCACGCCUCUCCUGCCCACGCCUGUCCUACCCACGCCUCUCCUGCCCACGCCUCUCCUGCCCACGCCUGUCCUCCGCUCACCUGUCCUACCCACGCCUGUCCUACCCACGCCUCUCCUGCCCACGCCUCUCCUGCCCACGCCUCUCCUGCCCACGCCUGUCCUACCCACGCCUCUCCUGCCCACACCUGUCCUACCCACGCCUCUCCUGCCCACGCCUCCCUGCCCCACGCCUGUCCUACCCACGCCUCUCCUGCCCAUGCCUCUCCUGCCCACGCCUCUCCUGCCCACGCCUCUCCUGCCCACGCCUGUCCUGCCCACGCCUGUCCUACCCACGCCUGUCCUACCCACGCCUCUCCUGCCCACGCCUGUCCUACCCACGCCUCUCCUGCCCACGCCUCUCCUGCCCACGCCUGUCCUCCGCUCACCUGUCCUACCCACGCCUGUCCUACCCACGCCUCUCCUACCCACGCCUCUCCUGCCCAUGCCUCUCCUGCCCACGCCUCUCCUGCCCACGCCUCUCCUGCCCACGCCUCUCCUGCCCACGCCUGUCCUGCCCAUGCCUCUCCUGCCCACGCCUCUCCUGCCCACGCCUGUCCUCCGCUCACCUGUCCUACCCACGCCUGUCCUACACACGCCUCUCCUGCCCACGCCUGUCCUACCCACGCCUGUCCUACCCACGCCUCUCCUGCCCACACCUGUCCUACCCACACCUCUCCUGCCCACACCUGUCCUACCCACGCCUGUCCUACCCACGCCUCUCCUGCCCACACCUGUCCUACCCACGCCUGUCCUACCCACGCCUCUCCUGCCCAUGCCUCUCCUGCCCACGCCUGUCCUACCCACGCCUCUCCUGCCCACACCUGUCCUACCCCGCCUUCCUGCCCGCCUCCUGCCCACGCCUCUCCUGCCCACGCCUCUCCUGCCCACGCCUGUCCUACCCACGCCUCUCCUGCCCACACCUGUCCUACCCACGCCUCUCCUGCCCACGCCUCUCCUGCCCACGCCUCUCCUGCCCACACCUGUCCUACCCACGCCUCUCCUGCCCACGCCUCUCCUGCCCACGCCUCUCCUGCCCACGCCUCUCCUGCCCACACCUGUCCUACCCACGCCUCUCCUGCCCACGCCUCUCCUGCCCACACCUGUCCUACCCACGCCUCUCCUGCCCACGCCUCUCCUGCCCACGCCUCUCCUGCCCACACCUGUCCUACCCACGCCUCUCCUGCCCACGCCUCUCCUGCCCACGCCUCUCCUGCCCACGCCUCUCCUGCCCAUGCCUCUCCUGCCCACGCCUGUCCUCCACACUUCUCUCA